GGUUUUUUUUCUUUUUUUCUUAAAUUUAAAUUUGAACGAAUUUAUUGCACGACCAGGAAAAGAUAAAAACGUUUAUCAACUAGGUAACGGGGCACCUGGUGAUUUGGUGAGCGGGGAAGUGCGCGAACGAAAAAGGCUGGGGAAAGUUCAUCCGGACAGGAUUGCGGUUCCGUACUGUUACCGGCCGGGCGUUUUUCUCCACGCACAUCGGUUCGGUUUGUCGUUGGAAAAGCGUUUUUCGGUGCGACAGUAUCACGGGACAACACAAAGCGAGUGGAGCGGGGGGAGGACACCAUUUCGACGGACGGGCGGAACAGUCUUGCAUUACGAGACCACGGACGCGAUGAGGUUUCCCGUGCCUCCCGCGCGGGUACCGUCGUCGAACUCGAACGGCGGCGUUUACCGAAAAUACGAAUCCGAGAAUCGGUCCGAUAGCGGCAUGGGGGUCUAGCGCGCGUACAGCGAAAACGCGCACUCGAGUACGUACCCCGCGGGGCUAAUUCGGUCGGACGAAACGCGCGCGGAGAGCGCUCGUGGGGCGCACGGGUGGCAGCGCGACGAGACCCGCCGGAAAGCUCCUCCCCCGCGGCGGCGGUCGUAGCGUUUCCCGCGGUUUUCCGUUCCGCCGCGGUGUCCGCUCCCGUCGCCCGAGCGGUUCGCACGUGAGACGCGCGCACUGCCACCGCCGCCGCCGACGCUGUUCAAAUCUUCGCCGAAGACGUGGAAAACCGCACGACGACGACGACGAACGGACAUUACGUGACGUGUAACGCGGGAGAGAGAGGAAGAAAAUAAAUAAUCGUAACGAUAAAAACGCGUCAGAUUCGCGUCGUGCCGCGACGACAACUGAUUUGUCGGCGGCUGAAUACGUCUGCGGGUCAUGUUUUGGCCGAUCGUGUUGGCGUUGUUGCAGUUGGCCGUGGACGGACAGACGGACGAAUUCGUUCUCGGUUACUUGACCGGCUCGAGGAGACGGCCCGGCGACAUCACUUACUCUAAGCCCGGUCGCAUGAUCAGUGGUGCAAUAUCGUUGGCCGUCGAGGAGAUUAACGCGGGAUUGUUUAAGGAUAAAGGUCACUCGUUGAGUUUUUUGGUAUCCGAAACAUAUGGAGAAGAAUCGACUAGUAUCCUCGAGACAGCAGAACUGUGGAAGAAAAAUAUAUCGGCUUUCAUCGGACCACAGGAAACAUGUUUCCACGAAGCUAGGAUGGCCGCUGCUUUCAACCUUCCGAUGAUAUCCUAUUACUGUAUGGACUCGGAUACUUCGGACAAGGUGCUGUUCCCGACGUUCGCCCGCACGCGUCCACCGGAUACGCAGAUAUCGAAGUCGGUGGCCGCGGUCCUGAAAGCGUUCAACUGGACUCAGGUGACGUUCUUGUAUUCGAACGCGGACGACACUCAUUUUGGUAAAAUUGCGUCUACCAUAACGGAAGUUUUCUCUAAGUCUGGUAUAGAGAUCACGGCUAAGAAAACAUGGAACAGUCAUUAUUUGCACGGUUACACGACCAACCCAUUCGUUAAACUUGUCACCGACACAUAUCAAGACACAAGAAUAUACGUUGUUUUAGGAAAUUAUUACGACCACACCGGUCUCGUUAUAGCCAUGGACGAAAUGGAUUUGUUCAAAAAUGGUGAAUAUUUUGUGGUGGGCGUGGACGUGGAACAAUACGAUGCAGAAAACCCCAGGAAAUAUUUGACCGGCAUGUUGUCGAACAAACAAGAUCCGAUUUUGGAAAAAGCGUUUCGAUCGUUUUUUAGCGUGGUGCCAACGCCACCAAGAGGAUUCAAGAAUUUCUCGGUCAAGGUCAACGAGUACAUGGAGAAACCGCCAUUUCUGUUCCCCAAUCCCUUGGUUCAGUUGGGUGGUGUCAAACAGAUUUCUGUCGAGGCAGCGUAUCUGUAUGACGCGGUUCAUUUGUAUGCGAGAAGCGUGCUGGAGCUGAUCGAGUGCGGUGACGACCCGAGGAACGGUACGGCGAUGAUGGCAAAACUCAAAGGUUCACACUACAGAAGUGCAAUGGGAUACGAAGUGUACAUGGACGAGAACGGGGACGCAGAAGGGAACUACACGUUGGUAUCGCGGCAACGGCUACUGGACGCCUCUAAAGGAUAUGGCUUAUUUCCAGCUGGUAGAUUCACUAAACUGCGAAACCUGACUAGAAACCCGGAGUUGACUCUGGUGACGAACGUCGAGUGGAUAUCCGGGAAGCCGCCCGUGGCUGAACCAGCUUGUGGAUAUCGUGGCCAGAAAUGCAUCACGCACACCGCGGAAAUACUGUCGAUCGUCGCGGGCACGUUGCUGUUGGUGCUAGCCGUGAUCUCACUGGUGUUCUACAGGAACUGGAAGUACGAACAAGAGCUGGACAGUCUGCUGUGGAAAGUCGACUACAAGGAUAUAGAGAUCAACGACACCGAGAACGGCAGCACUUCAUCUAAAAUAUCCAGAGCACUGCACCCAUUAAUACGGACAAGCCAAGUAUCUUUAAGCUCCAACCCGGAUGCAGAUUUUCGUUAUUCGUCGAUAUUUACCACAGUCGGCAUUUAUAAAGGUCGCGUGUUCGCCAUCAAAAACGUAAAGAAAAAGUCCAUCGACAUAACCAGAGCCAUGAAAAAAGAACUCAAAGUGAUGCGAGAUUUGAGACACGAAAACCUGAACGGAUUCAUCGGAGCGUGCACGGAUCCUCCGAACAUUUGCAUCGUGACCGAAUACUGCAAUCGGGGUAGCUUGAAGGAUAUUUUAGAAAAUGAAGACGUCAAGUUGGAUAACAUGUUUGUUGCCUCAUUGGUAGCUGAUAUAAUACGGGGGAUGUUGUACUUGCACGAUUCGCCAUUGAGAUACCACGGAAAUUUGAAGUCGUCUAAUUGCUUGGUGGACUCCAGGUGGGUAUUGAAACUUACUGAUUUCGGUCUUCAGGAGUUCAAAAAAGACUGCGAAGAUUUUCCGCAUCACUUUCUCCAGCACGACUUCCGACUUCAAAAGGAUGACGAAGUCGAUUGCAAAUGUGAAGGACUUUUAUACAUUUCACCGGAGCUCUUACGGUGUUACAAUUCUUCCAUUCAAAUAUCAUUCGGAACUCAGAAAGGGGAUGUUUAUUCAUUUUCGAUAAUCCUAUAUGAACUGCAUAGUCGAAAAGGUCCUUUUGGAGAAAACCACGGACUCGGGGUGUCGGAUAUUCUGAGAAAAAUUAUUUACUGUCCGCAAGAUGGUUCAAAUCCGUUCAGGCCACCCUUAGACCUGUUGGAAAAUAAUUUCGAUUUCGUUCGAGAUUGUUUGGAAGAUUGUUGGGCAGAAAAUCCGGAUGAUCGUCCAGAUUUUAAGACUAUAAGAGCCAAAUUAAGACCAAUGAGAAAAGGAAUGAGACCAAAUAUUUUUGAUAAUAUGAUGGCGAUGAUGGAAAAAUAUGCAAAUAAUUUGGAGGUAUUGGUUGACGAGCGAACCGACCAGCUAGUGGAGGAAAAGAAAAAAACUGAUGCUUUACUAUACGAAAUGUUACCAAAGUACGUGGCCGAGCAAUUAAAAAGAGGACACAAAGUGCAAGCUGAAAAUUUCGAUUGCGUAACAAUUUAUUUUAGUGACAUCGUUGGUUUCACUUCUAUGUCGGCGGAAAGCACUCCGUUCCAAGUAGUUGAUUUUUUGAACGACUUGUAUACGUGCUUCGAUUCCAUAAUAGAGAAUUACGACGUCUACAAAGUAGAAACGAUCGGAGAUGCGUACAUGGUGGUUAGCGGUUUGCCUAUUAAAAACGGUGACAUGCAUGCUGCAGAAAUUGCUACAAUGUCGUUACAUUUACUAGAAGCCGUGAAAAAAUUUCAAAUCAGACACAGGCCGUACGAUACUUUAAGGCUUAGAAUCGGAAUACAUUCUGGUCCAGUUUGCGCCGGUGUGGUCGGUUUGAAAAUGCCCAGAUAUUGUUUGUUCGGCGAUACGGUGAAUACGACUAGUCGAAUGGAAUCCACUGGACAAGCGUUAAAGAUUCACUGUUCGCAAGAAUGUCGGACCCUGUUGGAACGGCUAGGCGGCUAUCAGACAACGGAACGGGGACUGGUCGAGAUGAAGGGAAAGGGUAACGUGCGCACCUAUUGGCUGGUGGGCGAGGACCACUUACAUAGGCUCAAAAGGGAUGAGUUCAGAGCUCAGAGACGGGAACAGCAAACCGGUCGUAAGCACCGCAAGUCGUCGAAACAGCCAAAGAACGUAAAAGAAGGACCACGGAGCUCGUUAAAGGUCCCCAAGACGACCAUCAACGGUCCACUGUCCAGAUGCUGCAGCCUGGAGUCACCGAAAAAGUUGAGGUUCGCCGCGCAGCACGACGAUGGGUCGCCGGUGAGGAGACGGCCGUCGGGCGUGGCCGAGGAAGACGAGUACUGUUGCGACCGGCACCUGAGCGUGUCGUGCCCGUGCAUCGACCACUUCGAUCAGGCGGCACCGGCGAUGCAGACGGCCGCGGUGACCACGGCGGCCGUGGCCAGCAAGCGAGCGACACCGUGUCACGCACUCCACGCCCCGACUAAGAUUCCCGGUUUUCCCAGGGUCAACUCGGCCCCGGUCACGCCCAUGGCCGCGGACUGCAUCGACAUGACGGACAUGUCGUCGCUGUGCGCUGUGGACGACGUAAACGAGCCGCUUAUAAGAGCCGCAGACAGGGAUGGAGCGAUCACGUUUGUAUGA